UUCUUGGUUUGGUGUGAGAAUACAUAAUGUAAUUACAGUGUCUGAAAAUAUGCACUUAUAAAAAAUAAUAUUUAAUGUAGUGUUAAACGAAAGUAAAUUAGCGUUUUGAAAUUUCGUGUCGCGAGGUAAAUGAAAUUGCAGCUAUGAUCGACUCCACGAGUUUGCAUUGGUUUGCAUCUUUGGCCGCAAAAGGAUGGUGUACAAUCAACAGUUGGGGCCCCUCCGGAUGCCAUCACUAGUGUAAUAAGAUAUUCUUAUAACGCGCUGCUAGCGCGGUUUUUUGGGUUUGAUAUUUACUUCAUAAUGAAUGUGUCAGAAUUGAAGGGGACAUCUGUCACGUCCAGAAAUGGAGAGGAGGUCAACCCAUUAGGAUUAUUGGAUUUGGUGUAUGUUGAAGAUGAAGAGGCAAAUGAUGUGCUUUUAAUUGACUCUCCAACUACUACAUCAGUUUCUGCAAAGACAAAUGUGGAAGACCAGAAGUCCACAAGUGAUAAUUUUGCUGAUUCAGAUGAGGGAGAUGAACUUGAACCUGUAGCUGCUGUAGAUGUGUUGCCUGGCCGAGAAGAGGAUUUCCUUCCAGAGGGCAUGACACAAGAGGUAUCAAAUGAUGACCUAACUGAUCACCAGCUGAGUUGGCAAGAAAGUCAGCUUGUAGGCAGCAAAAGUAUUCUUCAAAGUGUUUUGGAAGUUCCUCAUCAAAUUUGGCCCUUACAAAUUCAACCCUUGGGCUCAUGUUCUACUACUCACUUGACUAGGAAACUUGCACAGAACGUAAAGAUAUCACAAAAUCAUAUGUCAGAGCCAAAUCAACCUCGAGCAGUGCCAAAUGAAGAUAGACGACAAUAUUAUAAACAGUAUCGUCAAAAGUAUCCUGAACUAAUACGAAUUCGCAAUCGUGAAAAUGCUCGUCGGUACCGUCAAGCAAAUGCUGAACGCGUGCGAGAACGGCAGCGAGACUAUGUAAGAAGAUACCGUGAACGGAAGAGAAUCAAAAAGGAAAAAGCUGAUUUAUUGGACAUGAGUGAAGAACCUGAAAUUGCAAUUUAUGAUGAGAGUGGACUUAAAUCAGCAUUUUUGUCACAGAAGUGUGAAAAAGAGAUUAUUGUACAAAACAUGCCAGCUGCAAUGAAGUCUAAGAACUCAGAGUCAGAACAUGAUCUUGAAACAAUAAUAAAAUUAUGACAAUAAAGUAGGUGUGAGGAUCAGUAAUACUAUAUUUAAUAAUAGGCAUUAAUACUCUUGUAGAAAAGCCAGCCUCUUUUGAUUUUCCUUAUGAAGUUGAAGAUCAGAGAAAAAUUAAAGCAAUGUAGGGGUGGAUUUUGGAAUUCCUGGCAAUAUAAAGUUGAGAGAAAGUAGAUUUUGUUUUUGUUCUUUGUAGAAAGCUGAAGAAUUUAUUAAUAUGUGUGUAUUAAUGUGUUUAAUCUUUUUUCUUUCUGAACACAAGUUACAUAUGAUUUGGAAAAGUAUUAGUUAAAUCCUUUUUUGUAUAGUUCAUAACAAUUGUUUUGAACAUUCUUUUUUUAAUUAUUUAAUAUUUUCAACUUUCAACUUUUUCAAUUUAGUAGAGUACAAAAUCAGUUGGAAUACUUGAAUUGGUAUUGUUAUUUAUUUAUUUAUUUAUUUAUUGGGUUAUAUAGUUUCUAAUGUAUUUAUUUUCAUCUGUUAAAAGUCAAGAGUACUAAUUGAAGUAAGUUUUAAGUUUUUUACUACUUUGGUUCAGUUGUGAAAAGAAAUGGAAAGAACAAAAAAUUUUCUUGUUUUAGAAAGUUUUCGUAAAUAUUUUGGGAUUGCAUUUGAAAUUUAUAUUAUAUAAUGCUAAUAAGCAUUGUAAAUACUGAACAAUAUUUUGUAGACUUUAAAAGACUAUCCAAAUGUACUUUUUAAGAGAUGUACUUGUAGUUUUGAAUCCCCACCAGAACAAGUAAUGUAAUCCAACUACACUUAUACAUACUAACCAGAUUAUACUAUGUUUUGAAGAUCUUAUGUGCAGGACAUUGGCAGAUUGUAAUGCUGAAGGAUUAAAGUGGGCAAAGAAAAUAUAAAAUAGAGAAAAAGAAUUUAAAUUAGAGACUAUUAUUGAAAGAUUAAUUUUGAAAGUUGUCUACUAAUAAACUCGUAAUAGAAAAUUAAAAAUCAUCAAAAUGUGUGAUUGAAAAAUGUCAUUUUUUCUUUUCCAGAUUUUUUAAAAUCAAUUGUUUUUUAAAUAAAAGAAAUAACUUGUAAUCACAUCAAUUGAUAUGGUGACUUGUGAUUAUAAUUGCAGUAAACAAUACAUGUAUCUUCUUUCCUACAAUUGUGGGAGGGGGGAAUUGCUUGUGAAAUGUGGCCCAAAAAUGUAAUUUGUUGAUUUCCCUGUGUAUCCCAGGCAUUCACGACACUACAUGUAUUUAGGAAGGGAAUUUUUCACACUCGAGAUUCCAGAGUGUGGGUAGGAUUUUGAGAAGCUCAUGAUUUGUCUCCCAACUGGGUAUUAAUUUAACUUUUGAAAAUGCUAGAAAAUAAUACUUUCCAAAGCACGAACUGUUCUGGGGCAAAAAAAAUUCUCAAUUCUAUACCUCAUCUCACUUUAUUUACUCAAAAUUCUUUUUCUAUCAAAAUUUUUGAAAUUUUCAUUUCUUAUGUUUGAAAGUGCUGUUAUUUGUUACAUAUAUUUAAAAUAAUAAGAUUUUGAUUUUUUGUUGAGAUUUUGCUUAAAAGUAAUCUCAAAUUGUCAAGGAAGAAAUUAAGUAGAACAAAACAA